CAUGGAGAACGUUCCUUAGAUGACAUCGCGGUUGUUCCGUCUGGUGAACAGGAUGGCCGGGAAGCUGAUUUUAAUGUUAAAUGUAACAAGAUGUGUGCAAUUUAUAUUAUAAUCUUGUUUGCAAAUAGAAAGGAGAUUCACAAAUGUUCAACUUGUGUAUCUGCAAUCGUCAGUUACAAGAUAUCUUAUGUCGCUCAUGUGGAUACAUCUUUGUUGGUCGGCAGAGGCGACAGUGCACGUUGCAUCCAAACGAGAUCCAUCUCAUGGAUGCUUCAGUAUGUCCCAAAUGUAGGACUAACUCGCUGAUUGAGAUAAAAACAUCUGGAACACCAUUGAAGAAGAAGCCGGAUGAGAUAAUCACCGAGUUAACACACCUCCGUGAGAGAAGAUUAAGUAGAGGAGAGAAGUAUGGUCCUGGUGCUAAAACAGUCAACACAAGCUGUUCUACAGAGGAUGAAGACUGGGGAAUGGAAUCUGACACUUCUUUCUCACCUACGUCAUAUGCUGGUCAUGGUCAAGGCCCAGCUCAGGGAUCAUCUAAUGUGCAAUCGUUGCAAAUGCCAUUUGGUUCUGGCUUGAAAUAUGAUAGCUCGAAAAGUCCCGAUUCACAAAUUGGGUCUAGAUUGACAUAUGGUAAUGUGAAUCGUCGGGAGUCUGAAAUGUUUGGUUCUUCUUUGAUGUAUAACAAUUUGAGUGGUCCAGAGUCUAUAAUUGACAACUGUAAGGUGCCUUCUGUGGCUCAAGCUGAAGCUCAAAAUGCAAAGCUGGGCACCAAAAUUCAUCACAAGGAACCAAAAGAGGUAACAAAGACUGAAAAGAAGUUAGUGAACACAGAAGUGCAGACCGAGUUCAUCAUUCAGGUCCUGGAGGAGCCAAAAUUCUGCCAACAAACUACGCAUCAACCUCAAUUGAAAGGAUCUAACCUGGGUGGAGGGUACAACUAUGAUCCCAAAAGAGCAGUUGGUGGAGAAAAAGAUAACAGUGUUCUGAGGGCAGCUAUAAGGAGAAGCAUUGCUGGGGGCUGGAACAAAGGAAUUGACAACGACCUUUGUAUGGAUAAUCGAAGAUUCUGAAAAUUUGUGUAUAGGAAGGUCUUCCGUUAGGUCAUUAAUGUUGUCAAAAUCAAGUUAAUGUUUGAAAAAAAAAGGGUUGAAACAUAUCAGAGUAUGAAACUAGAUACUUAAAAAUUGAAUUUUUGUAUUGUCUUUUUCAUUAACAAAUAUUGUUUUUUUCAUUACUUUGUUAAUAUUGUUGUUGAAUUUAUAAAUUAGAUUGUGAUAUUACAUGUACUUUUUCAUUGCCAUAUUUGGGAACAAUUUGUUUUUAUGCCCCCUGCAUCUACUGAUGCGGGAGGCAUAUAGUGAUUGUCCUGUCCGUCCGUUCGUCCAUCCAUACGAGGUUAACCAAAUGGGACCGUUUCGUCUAGCAUCAAUACCCCUAACUAGAAUGACUUAUACUAAUGCAGAUGUAACCUGUGACCAUUCCUCAUCUUCAGACAUCACCUGACCUCAGUUUGACCUUGACCUUGAACUUGACCUCAUUUUGGACUUUGGUUGCUUUGUAUCUACAAGGAUGCCACCGGGGGCAUCAAGCGUUUAUUGAACGCAGCUCCUUGUUUCCAUAUGAAAUAUUGUUAGGUUGACUAUUUGAAGAAUAGUGAGAGCUAUUCUGCUCACCAGAGCGCCGGCAUCACACCUUGGUUAAAUUUUGCAUGCAAGAUCAUAUAACAGUUACCAUUGCAUUUAUGGGCUGAAACUUCACACAAGAAUUCCUAGUCUUCAAAGCUUCUGAAAUGACCAGUUUACAUAACUCUUGGUUGAAUUUGAUUCAAAUGACAUCCCUAUUUUGAUUUGAAAAAUAUGGUUAAAGUUGAACAUUCAGCUAACUAUAGAGCUGUAUCUUGGGAACAACUAUGUAUUGAAUCAAACACUUCAAAUGAUACUUCCUAGUUAUCAAACCUACUGAAAUAACCAAGUUAGAUAACUUUGAUAAAUCUAAUACAAAUUAUGGCUUUUAUUGAAAAAGAGAAUUUGGUUAACAAAGUUAUUAGAUUAGCGAGUGUCAUUGCAUGUGCUGCCGGUGUCAAACUUUGAUUGCAAUGAAAGAAGGUAUAUAGGUAGCUUGCAUAGAGAUAGAGUUUCGGAUUGCAUAUGAAGUCAUUAGGAUCAAGGUCAAGGUCACUGCUACUCAAAGUAGAAAGAAACUGUUCCUGCACAAUAACUUUAGUUUUCAUUGAUAUAUUAAAAUUUGAAUUUGCCGAUAG